AUGAAGUCCUACUGUAUCGUGUUUAUUCUUAUAAUACACACGGCCUCAGCAACUGUGGACCUAAAUACCCUCAAAGAGUCAUCUGCCAAAAAAUUACAGACUUUAGAAGAAUAUGCAACGAACAAAAUACAAAUGUUACACGAAAUGAUAGAAAAAGACCUGAAAUCACUUCAAGAUAAAGCCACUGGAACAUAUCAAAUGAUCGCUGACUCCAUUGAUGCGGAAAAACUUAAGAAAUUAGAUAUAUUUAAUAUUAUACCAAAGGUUCAACUUAAAGGAGAGCUCAUUCAAAAUAAGCUUAAAAGUUUAUCAGGAAUAAAGCAGAAACCGCAGUUGUAUUCGUCGAGAAGAAGCCAAAGUGGUCACAACUUGAUUUUGACUUACGAUGUGGGGUUACCGUGGCCUGUGAAGAGAUUGGGUGAAAUUGAAAUUUAG